ACAGCUCAGAGUUUACUGAGCAGGAGGAAUCAGAUCGACAGCCUGCAGCUCUAACUCGCUCCCCUCUGCUCUACAUUAGAAAUCAAACCUGUUUCACUAACAGAGCUUCAGCAGCGUUCAGUGCAUGUCUGCAGGUUUAUGACCCCCCCUCUCACCUGAGGACCUCACACACUAUCUGACUUUCCAAAAACUGGUUUCCCGGAGCUCCUCGCCAUGCUUGCCCGGGUUUAGAUUCUCAAUGGAGCUCUCUAACAUGUACGAGGUCGCGCCCCGGCCCCUGAUGAGCAGCCUGACCCACGGCCAACAGCCCCCCUCCGGCUACAGAGACCCGGCAGAUCUCGGCGGUGAGAUAGGAGACAACGAGACCUCCAUCGACCUGAGCGCGUACAUCGACCCUUCUGCUUUCAACGACGACUUCCUUGCCGACCUGUUCCACCACAGCUCCCGGCAGGACAAGCUCAAGAUGAUGAACGGAGAGUACGACUCGGUGCCGUGCGGCCCGGGGCCCCAGCAGCACUACAUGUCCAACUACAUGGAGUCCAAGCUGGAGCCGCUUUACGAGCACAACCCGCAGCGCAUCAGACCGGUGGCCAUCAAACAGGAGCCCCGGGAGGACGAGGACCUGAACCCGGGCAUGCCUCCCACCUACCACCACCCGCAUUCUCAGCAGUACUCCCAGCAUGCCCAGCAGCAGCAGCCUCACCUCCAGUACCAGAUUGCGCACUGCGCGCAGACCACCAUGCAUCUCCAACCGGGACACCCGACCCCUCCGCCGACACCGGUGCCGAGCCCGCACCAGCACCAUCACCACCACCAACACCCGCACCAGCAAGGCGGCAUGAAGCAUCUGGACCAUCAGCGGAGCGGCGGGAAAUCCAAGAAGAACGUCGACAAGAGCAGCCCGGAGUACCGGCUGAGGCGCGAGCGCAACAAUGUGGCCGUGCGUAAAAGCAGAGACAAGGCCAAAAUGCGCAACAUGGAGACGCAGCAGAAGGUGGUGGAGCUGACCACCGACAACGACAGACUGAGGCGGAGGGUGGAGCACCUGACCCGCGAGCUGGACACGUUACGAGGCAUCUUCAGACAGCUGCCGGACGGAUCCUUCAAACCCAUGGGCAGCUGAGAGACUGCAGAGCCGGACAGGGAGUAGACUGGAGGUGGACUGGUACACUGCUGGAUUUAUACACACAAACUGUUCGACGUGUGUUCUGGUGUUCGGACGGACUGAGACCUGAGAGGAGAGACAGGCAGCUGAUGUGUUCACUGCAAAAAAAAAAAAAACAUCUGACAGAUCAGUUUGACUUUCACGGAGUCUGAAACAAUCACUUUCUCUUUAGUAAUAACCUGCAAAUAUUCUGGAGAAAUAAAAAAAACAACAACAACCACUCAGCAGUCAAAACAACAUUUUAACCAUAAAUGUAUGUAAAAAAAAAAAAAAAAAAAAAAAGACAACCAAGAAAUAUUGGAGCCACAGACAGAUUCUGUUGUUUAAGGAAUAUUCCAGAAGAAACUGUCAGAUAAUAAAACCGGACAGAAAGUGGCGCCUGAUUCUGGAACAAUCUUAAAACAUUUUACUGGACACAGAUGAAUUCAUGUCACCUUCACGUCACGGAGAAAGAAAAAACAUACUUUUGUGGACUUUGUAAAAGACGGACUGACUUUGUUCAGACUGUGUUUUCCUUCUUUUUGUUGUUGUUGCAGUGUUCAUGUGCCUUUUAAAACUUUUGUGCAAAAGCCGAUAAGCUCGUUCCCCUGCAGAUCCACACAACAGAGGACUGGUUGUUUCUGUGCCUUAUUCCCGAACAGACUGUGUGCACCACACACUCUACUCACAUAUCAGUGCAGCUAAGGUAGGGCACGGUGGAGAUGAUCCAAAAAUCAGCCUGUUGUGCAUGUAAUUAUUUUUGUUUUGUACAUCUCCAUAUCCUCUCCUUGUGUGUCUUUAUAGAGCUAUGAAAUGCAAAGUGCACGCUGCUUGCGUAUAGGCUGACCUGUGUAUGUAUGUUUAUGGAUUUAUGCUAAUUUUCUUCUGUUGCUCCUCAUAAAUGAACUCUGGUACUAUUCACAGAUGGUGUAUAUAAGGAUACAUAUACAUCAUGAUGUUAAGCAGAGCAUUAGCUGUGCAGCUGUGAUUACAUACAAACUUAAAUAUUUGAAAGAGAGACAGGAACAUCCUCUGAUUUUCAAAAGAUUUCCAGUGUUUGUACGUCUUGGUUUGUUGCAAAUUUGGGUUAAAUGUGCGAGUCACCAUACAAUCUCCAAACUGUUUCUGUGAUCUUAUUUUCGUGCAUUGAAACAAGCUAAAGGAGUAAAGACCCUGCAGCGCUGAAUACCUUGUAGAGUUCACAAACUACUUCUUACAUUUCUGAGUAAUGACACCCUAAAGUGCAUCAUCUGUCCUGCUCAGAACAAGGCGGCUUCUCUGUGUUCCCUGAAAUAUUAAUAUUGUGGAGAUUUUUUUUGUUUGUUUGCAUUCUAUACAAAAGAUAAAUAACCAUCUGCUAGAUCUGCAUCUGGUGAUGACAUGCCAAAGUGAAUAAUUCUUAUAAUUAAAAAAAACAAAACAAUCAAAAAGCAAUGACUGGAAUUCAAACUGUGGUACCUGCUUCUUUACGUCACGUCACUGCAAAGAUCAAACAUCUCCAGACCUGCUGCUUUUGUAUAAAGCCGAUCCUGUUGAUUUUUAAUGAGUUUGUUUCAAAGAAGAAAUUCCUACAAAGAUUUCUAAUCUCUGCAGACCUGCAGAUGUUGGUCUUUUCAGAGGACAACGACAGUGAAAGCAGCUCUUUCUUUUUCUCAAAUGCACUAUUAGUCGUCAAAUGAAGCACAGAGCCGAGCAGAAAAACGUUCACAUGUUGCUGAUUUACAGACAAAAACAAACAAAUACAAAAAUGUGAAAAGGGUUUCUAUGCAACAUGUCUCUUCCUCUUUUACAUACAUGCACACACACACACGCACACACACACACACACACACACACACACACACACACACACACACACACACACACACACACACAAACACACACGGUGCCUUCUGAUCCUCUCUGAGAUGACCUUGGACCUCUUGCUGAUCUGCUUGCCGUCGCUAUGUAGAGAAAAAAUGUUGAAAGGAUUGGUGUCAGCGAGGAAAAAAAAGGAAGCACUUUUUUUUACAAACUGAUGUUCAACCAAUGUUUGUCUCAAAGUUAACGUCUCAAUUGUAAAAUAAGCCUAUAUAUAAAAACUAUAAAUAUAAAUAAAUAUAUAUAAAAUGCCAAAAAAUCUGAAUAUUAUAAUAAAGAGCUUGUUUUAUCUGA